CAACCGUUGGAUGGUUCGGUGUAUUCAGGAAACCGUUAAAUUCCAUAUCUACUUACCAAACUCUUUCGACACCUGUAAAAUCGACGAGCUUCAUCUCGUCAUCUUCAUCAAAUCACAAUUCCUUCUUCGCCAUCUGCAAAUCACUCAUCAUCCAUGGCAAUUUCUCACGCUCAUCCUCUGCUUCUUCUCCUGUUCACACUCUUCCUCUUACCUUCUCUGCUGGCCACUUCUUUCCGCUCCUGCGAUAAGAGGCUCGAUCCCGUUAAGGUCAAGGGUGUGGAGAUCUCUCCUGACCCCGUAGUGAGUGGCAAACCCGCAACAUUUAAGAUAUCGGGUUCUACUGAUGAAGACAUCUCUGGAGGAAAAGUAGUGAUCAGCGUUUCAUUCGUUGGGGUUCAUAUCCAUACCGAAACUCAUGACCUCUGCAAUGAGACUUCCUGCCCGAUCGCACCAGGCAGCUUCGUCCUUUCUCAUUCCCAAACUUUGCCUGUAUUUACACCACCCGGCACUUACACGCUUAAGAUGACGAUGAACGACAAGAAUGGCAAGCAACUAUCUUGCAUCAGCUUCAAAUUUAAGAUCACGUUAUUUUCCACGGUCUCUGCUAGUUAAGUUUUCUGUUGUAAAUAUGUACUGACUUUGUUAAAACUCUCUCCUAUGCUUGUGUGGUGUCCAAAUAAAGAUGCUUGACUUU